CCAAAGGGGCUGAGCACAGAGAGAUGCACAUAAUCACUUCACCUUUUAAUACAACACACCGUCUCCUUUGAGCAAUAAACGCACACGCGAGUAAAGGUCGUCGAGACAGUCGUUUAUUAUUCACCCUGUUACUCGAUAGUCAGUGGGAGGAGAGAGAGAGGGAGAGAUGGUUCAUUUAAAAGCGCAUGAACGCCAGAUGAAAGCGCUCUUGAACAGAAUGAGAGAAUCGACCAGCUGACCUUCUGUCUUAUUAUUACUGCUACCAAUAAGCCUCAAAUCCCGACUGGAUUUAUCUAUGUUGCUGUUUUUUCCCAUGACUUGAACUGGAUUAGGUGGGGAGAAAAAAAAAACAGGAUUAUUGUGAUAUUUAGCCGAACUGCUUUUCAUAGAGUUAUGAGCACCGAGACUAUGUCGCUUUACAUUGAAGGUCUGAGUAAAGAGUUACCAAGCAACAGCAACAAGAUGGCUCAGUUUCAGGAAGUGAUGCGACAGCAGCUGGAGAGCUCUAUGCACGCUGAGCUGGAAAAACUCGUAGGCACAGCCAAAGGUGCAGAAGCUGAGGUGUCUAAGAAGGACUUUGAAGGCUUUAGGAAGUUAUUCCACCGAUUUCUGCAGGUGAAGGGACCUUCAGUAGAGUGGUCAAAAAUCAACAGGCCCCCUGAGGACUCGAUCCAGCCAUAUGAUAAGAUUAAGGCAAAGGGUCUACCGGACUACAUAGCAGACAGUCUGAAUAAGCUGGUGGUGGUGAAGCUGAAUGGAGGUCUGGGAACCAGCAUGGGCUGCAAAGGGCCCAAGAGCCUUAUUAGCGUCCGUAAUGAGAACACUUUCCUGGAUCUAACCGUCCAACAGAUUGAGCACUUGAAUAAAACAUAUAAUGCUGAUGUUCCACUGGUGCUCAUGAACUCUUUCAAUACGGAUGAAGACACUAAGAAGAUCCUACAAAAAUACACUCACCACAGAGUCAAGAUACACACGUUCAACCAGAGCAGGUAUCCACGGAUAAAUAAGGAGUCAUUGUUGCCAGUCGCUAAGGACAUGGCUAUGACAGGAGAGAAUGCAGAUGUGUGGUAUCCUCCUGGUCAUGGUGACAUUUACGCCAGCUUUUAUAACUCCGGUCUGUUGGAGCAGCUCAUCGCUGAAGGGAAGGAGUACAUUUUUGUCUCCAACAUCGAUAACCUGGGUGCAACGGUAGACCUGUAUAUACUGAACCACCUGGUGAGCCAGCCGAACGGCAAACGCUGUGAGUUCAUCAUGGAGGUCACAGACAAGACCAGAGCAGAUGUGAAGGGAGGUACGCUCAUUCAGUAUGAUGGUAAGCUUCGGUUACUGGAAAUCGCCCAGGUUCCCAAAGCUCAUGUAGAUGAAUUCAAAUCAGUGACCAAGUUUAAGAUCUUCAACACCAACAACCUAUGGAUCUCCCUGUCUGCCAUAAAGAGACUACAAGAACAGAACGCCAUGGACAUGGAAAUCAUAGUCAACCCUAAGACUCUAGAUGGGGGUCUGAAUGUCAUUCAGCUGGAGACCGCAGUGGGUGCUGCCAUCAAGUGCUUUGAUAACGCCUUGGGCAUCAAUGUGCCUCGCAGCCGCUUCCUGCCUGUCAAAACCACAUCUGACCUCCUGCUGGUUAUGUCCAACCUGUACAGCCUGGAGGCAGGGUCUCUGACCAUGAGCGAGAGGCGCGAGUUUCCCACAACUCCUCAUGUCAAACUGGGCAGCUCCUUCACCAAGGUUCAGGAAUAUCUCACACGAUUCGAGAGCAUUCCAGACAUGCUAGAGCUGGAUCACUUGACGGUGUCUGGUGACGUAACCUUCGGAAAGCACGUCUCUCUAAAGGGAACGGUCAUCAUCAUAGCCAACCAUGGAGACCGCAUCGACAUUCCAGCCGGCUCUAUGUUGGAAAAUAAAAUUGUGUCCGGAAACCUUCGGAUCCUGGAUCACUGACGUGUCGUGUGACUUGGAUGCAGAAUCACAUGACUGACCAACACCUAUCACUGUCCUCAUCAUCAUAACCAAUCACGGAGACACAAUCGACAUUCCGGCCAGAUCCAUGAAGGAAAGUUAAAGUGUCUGGGAACUUGUGGAUCUUAGAGCACCGACACCUCUGUGUCAUGUGACCUGGAUGCCAAAUCACAUGACCGACCCAUACCUGCCUCUCUCAGAGCCUUCAUUAGUGGUGCUGAUCACAGCACACAGCACCACAAACACCAUAAAAUUUCUAAUCCAUUCCAGAGACAUUUAUUUUUGUAGUAGUUUGUGUGUUUUAGUUUCCUGUCAUUUAGUGGUCCUCAAAUGUUAUGUACGUUACACAAAUCUCAUCGUUGUGUUUUGUUUCCGUUUUUUACUCUGAGAAUGCAGUAUUUCUCUUGUUGUAUCUAUGGCAUCAUAAACUGACCCUUCGGGGUCAGUGUCCUCUACUCGCUCAAAAAUGUGAAAGAGUGCAAAGCAAUAAGUGUUCUGCAACAGUGAAGGCUGAUGGUUCUGUCUUUGUGUUCUAGAACCUGGUCUAGAUCCUGAAAGUUCUGUGGAACUAAAUAAAGUGCAAUAUGGAACAGAACAAUAGCAGAAGUUCACUGUAAAUUUAACACUCCUGCUUGUUAUCUACAGUAGGAAAAAGAAAGCGAGGGAACAAGUAUGUGCACAAGGAAGGGAAAGAAAGUAAAAAGAGCAUCUACUAUUUCAGCAGUGUAUGAAGGCUGUAGACAAGGUCUUCCAGACUCCCUGGAGGCAGGAGGUUAUUGUGUUCCACUGGUCUGUUAAUGUGAAAGCAGCCAAGCAUUAAACUCACUGUUAAUAACCGGCACAUGGAGCAGGACACACACACACACACACACACACACACACACAUUGGUGAUUUAAGAUCAAAGAGGUCCAGAGAUUGUUGUCACAGCCUGACAAUCAGCUCCUGCGUUGACAAAAUGUGAAUUUAGGCAACAUUAUAAUGUAUAGUAAAUUAAAAAUUGGUAUUUAUUUUAAGAUUGGCUAAAGAUUCCAUGUAACAGUGUUAUUCAUUUACUGGUGUUUUUAAAGAUUAACUCUAAGUAAGCAUUAGAUAACGGCAGUAAUUUAAAUGUAAAAAAAAUAAGGAAAUGAGCAUGCACAAUUAAAUAUCCAAC